AUGGCAUUCCUCAAUUAUACCGAAGCUAAGUUACUUUCCGUGUGGUUAUCUCCCUCUCCCCACAAUAUCGUAGAAACAAUACGAAAGAAGUUCGCAACGAAUGGCGGCGUUGAUGCCACUGUUAAUAGUACAGUCUAUUUUUUAGACGCUAUAAAUGACUUCCCCCUAAAAGAAUUUCAAAAUACUAUACCACUGGAUAACAAAGUUGUCUACGAUAACAUCAGGAUAUCCACAUGCCUAGAUUUACAGGAAAUGAUGCAAACCGUUACCAAAAUAAUGCAACAACUUACGAUGAAUGUACUUCAAAAGCAGAAUUCAAAUCAGGAGUCCCACAAGCCCGUGGAAAUUCUGCUUCUCAUAAAUGGUUUGAACGUUAUGUUUCAAAACACUCAAAUUAAAGAAACUGCACCAAUUGCCCUGCUUCGUCUACGAGAUAUACUCUUAAAACUCCGUUUCACUGCCAACAAUCCGCAAUCCGACGGUUCAAAUUUGAAAGCUGCAGUGAUAUUCCCCGAAGAAGAGAUUAUCAAGUUCAGCUCAAAUCAAGGCGGCGAAAUCAACAAUAACAACAAGAGGGCAAAACGCGGAAUUUCGAAUGACGGUAAUACUCUUGCUCAAUACAUUGCUAAAUUUUAUGCAGAUGCUGUGAUAUAG